GAGGAGAGAGGAUCCACCGCGCCUCAUCGAGCUGUCUUCCCCUCACCUCGUCCGAGAUGAAGCUUUCUAGACCCCCCUCUUCGACGCGGCCUCGCCUCCUAAGUUGCACCCUGGGCAUCCUCUUCAUGCUUGAGGUCGGACUCUAUGCUCUUCCUUCAGACUCUGGGAUAUUUCUCAUCUAUAACAGUGGUCUGCAGAGCUGCUUGGAAACAAAGGACUCUUUGGUGAAAAUUUCUAAGAUCUGUAAUGCAAGUCUUCAUGCUCAGAAGUGGAAAUGGGUUUCCAGGAAUCGGCUUUUCAAUAUUGGAAACAAGCAGUGCUUGGGAGUCUCUUGGAAGUCUGCAAACAGCAGUGCCACCACCCAUGCAUUGGCCACUUAUGAAUGUGACCGUGAAUCUGUCAACAUGCGGUGGAAUUGUCGGAGUCUAGGGGACCAGCUUUCCCAGUAUUUGAGCUCAAGGUUGGGGAACUGGUCACUGACACCAGCUGAGAGAGGUGACCAGGCUCGUGGAGGCCAAUGGAAGAUCUAUGGCCAUGAUGAAGAUUUAUGCUCUAGGCCAUACUCUGAAAUUUACACUAUUCAAGGCAACUCUCAUGGAAAGCCCUGCACCAUCCCCUUCAAGUACGAUAAUCAGUGGUUUCAUGACUGUACAAAUAUGGGACGUGGAGAUGGUCAUCUCUGGUGUGCCACCACACAGGAUUAUGGCAAAGAUGAGAGAUGGGGAUUCUGUCCCAUUAAGAGCAAUGACUGUGAUACAUUUUGGGAUAGAGACCAACUCACCAAUAGCUGCUAUCAGUUUAACUUCCAGUCCACCCUGUCUUGGCAGGAGGCCGGAAAGAGUUGUGAGCAGCAGGGAGCCAGCUUGCUUAGUAUCACUGCAAUUCAUGAACAGACCUACAUCAAUGGACUGCUGACAGGAUACGGUUCCACACUCUGGAUUGGGCUUAAUGAUUUGGACCUCAAUGGGGGCUGGCAGUGGUCUGACAAUUCCCCCUUGAAGUUCCUCAAUUGGGAAAAUGAUCAACCUGAUAAUCCCAAUGAAGAGAAUUGUGGGGUGAUACGGACAGAGUCCUCGGGAGGAUGGCAGAACCGGGAUUGCAGCAUUGCUUUGCCAUAUAUCUGUAAAAAGAAACCAAACGCUACUUCUAAUACACACUUCACAGAAUCUGAAGUGAAGAUUGAUUGUGAUCCCAGCUGGCAGCCAUUCCAAUCUAACUGCUAUCGUUUGAUAAGUGAAAAGAAAAGUUGGAUAGAUGCCAAAAAGACCUGCUUGCGGAGUGAAGGGGAUCUGGUGAGCAUCCAUACCCUCUCUGAACUGGAGUUUGUCACCAAGCAAAUCAAGCAAGAUGUUGAAGAACUUUGGAUUGGUCUGAAUGAUCUCCGGCUACAGAUGAAUUUUGAGUGGUCAGAUGGCACACCAGUGCAGUUUACAUUCUGGCAUCCUUUUGAGCCCAAUAAUUUCCGAGAUAGCCUGGAGGAUUGUGUGACUAUCUGGGGGCCGGAAGGGAGAUGGAAUGACAGUCCUUGCAAUCAGACAUUGCCUUCUGUCUGUAAGAAACGGGGUCGAGUAAGUCAGGGGAAAGAGGAGGACCAUGGCUGUAGAAAGGGUUGGAAAUGGCACAGUCCAUCUUGUUAUUGGCUGGGGGAUGACCAUGUGAUAUACAAUGAAGCUCGGAAAAUGUGCAUGGAUUUUGGCUCUGCCCUGGUUAUUAUCACCAACAGAUUUGAACAGGCCUAUGUGAGCAGCCUCAUCUAUGGCUGGGAGGAUGAAUAUUUCUGGACUGCAUUACAAGACAUAAAUGAAACUGGUUCUUUCCAUUGGUUGAGUGGAGAUGAAGUCACUUACACCCACUGGAACCGCAACCAACCUGGUUAUAACAAAGGUGGCUGUGUUGCUUUGGCCACAGGAAGUGCCAUGGGCCUGUGGGAAGUAAAGAAUUGCACUACAUUCAAGGCCAAGUAUAUCUGCAGGCAGAAUCUGGGGACACCAGUAAAUCCUGAACUUCCUUCACCACAUCCUACACCCAGCCUCACUGGCUCUUGUCCUUCAGGAUGGACCAACCCCUCCAAGCUGAGAUAUUGCUAUAAAGUAUUCAGCUAUGAUAAGCUGCAGGAAAAGAAAAAUUGGAUCACAGCACAUUUGUUCUGUCAGGAAUUAAAAGCACAGCUCUUGAGCUUGAGUGAUUAUGAGGAGGAACAUUUUGUAGCCAACACCCUCAACAAGAUUUUUGGGGAAUCGGAACCUGACACUCAUGAGCAACACUGGUUCUGGAUUGGCUUGAAUCGCCGUAGCCCUAGAGCCGGGGGAAGUUGGAGCUGGAGUGAUGGUGUUGGAUUUUCUUAUCACAACUUUGACCGCAGUAAUCAUGAUGAUGAUGACAUCCGUAACUGUGUGGCCCUGGAUUUGGCAUCCUUGCAGUGGGUGCCUCUGCAAUGUGAAAUUAAACUGGACUGGAUCUGCAAAUUGCCCAAAGGGACUGAGGUGAAAGAACCAGAAACAACCAUCCAAGGGAGUAAUGAGUGGUUAAAGUUUCAGGAUGCUGAAUAUAAAUUCUUUGAUCACCAUUCAACUUGGGUGCAGGCUCAACGGAUUUGCACAUGGUUUCAAGCUGAGUUGGUGUCAAUUCAUAGUCAAACUGAAUUGGAUUUUUUGGGCCAAAACUUGAAGAAGUUUUCAAGAGGUCAGGAAGAACAUUGGUGGAUUGGAUUAAACACCUAUGAGAACGAUGGACGGUUUCGGUGGUCUGAUGAUUCUCUGUUGAAUUUCAUCUCAUGGGCACCUGGUAAACCACGACUUAUUAACAAAGAAAGGAAGUGUGUGUACAUGACAGCUAGCAGAGAGGACUGGGGUGACCAGAGAUGCCUCACUGCUCUGCCUUAUAUUUGCAAGCGUACCAACACCACCACUGUGCAGCCUUCCUUGCCGUCGCUACCUGUACCAACUCCUGGCAGCUGUGCCCAAGGGUGGCAUGCUUUUAUUAAUAAGUGCUUUAGGAUCUACAGUCAAGAAAAAGUGACAUGGAUGGAGGCAAAGCGGAAAUGUGAAAUUCAGGGAGGUAUAUUGGCUACUAUUUCAAACCAUCUUGAGCAAGCUCUUAUAACAACUUUUCUCCCAAACGUGACCUUUGAUAUAUGGAUUGGUCUCCAUGAUUCCAAGAAGGAAUUUAUCUGGGUAGAAUCUGAGGCUGUGAAGUAUGUGAACUGGGCCCCUGGAGAACCAUCUGGAUAUGGAACAUCCAUUGCUAGUGAUCAGCCGACCAACUGUGCUGUAAUGUGGCAUGGCCUCCCUUCCCUGUUUACAGGGCGUUGGGAUGAUAGGAACUGCCAAGAGGAGAAACAUAUUUUUAUCUGCCAGAGAAGCAAAGACCCUACUCUAAACCCUUCUUCACCGUCCUCUCCUAUUCUCAACUCUACCCUUUCAUAUCUUAACAAUACUUACCGUGUCCUGAUGAAGCCGCUCAAAUGGCAUGAAGCUGUGUUGUUAUGUGAGAGUCUCAAUGGAAGUCUAGCAAAUGUGCUAGAACCAUUCACCCAGGCCUUCCUCACUCAGGUAGUCAGCAGUUUACAUACCCCACUCUGGAUUGGUUUGUCCAAUGAAGAGGGUAAACGUAAUUAUGGAUGGUUUGCAGAUGAGACUGUCUCCUACACAAACUGGCAAGAUGGAGAACCACAACAAAUUGUGGGGUGUGCAUACAUGGAUAUAGAUGGAACAUGGCGAACUGCCGCUUGUGACACAAAGCUUCAAGGGGCCAUCUGCAAGUUGAACACAGGACCCCUUUCUUCACACAAGUGGAGCUACAAUGGAAGUUGUCCUAAAACAAUAGAAGAUUCCUCUUGGGUUCCUUUCCGAAACCAUUGCUAUGCAUUCCACAUGGAAGUUAUUCUAGGUCAGAAAGAAGCUGUGAAGAAAUGCCAGAAAGUUGGAGGUAUGAUGCUGUCCAUUCUAGAUGAGAUGGAGAAUAUCUUUAUUUGGCAACAUCUACAAGUUUAUGAGAGCCAAGCCAAAGGAGUAUGGCUGGGGAUGUCCUUUAAUCCCAAAGGGGGCACACUUGUGUGGCAUGACAGCACAGCUGUAAACUAUUCUAACUGGGGACAACAUGACACAGGACCAAGCAUGAUCAGCCCAAAUAGCUGCUAUUGGAUCCAGAGCAGCAAUGGGGUAUGGCGUCUGGGCUCUUGUUCAAAUGUAACAAUGGGAGUCAUCUGUAAGACAACUCGAGUGAAAGGAAGCUCCAUCUCCAAAUCAGCUUUCCUGGAAAACACAAAAACCAUUGUUGUAGUCAUCCUCUCCUCUCUAGCACUCUGUGUACUGGUAGCUGUUGCCUUCUAUCUGUAUAAGCGCAGAUGGAUUUCAGAACGAGGGACAUUUGAGAGUGCUCGCUAUAGCCGCACCAAUGCAAGUCCUAGUGAAUCUGCUGAGAAGAACAUCCUGGUAUCUGAUAUGGAGAUGAAUGAACAACAAGACUAAUG